AUGUCACCUCCUCAAACGGAGAAGGAAAUUCGAGGGUUUUUAGGAAGGAUCCAAUACAUUAGUUGGUUCAUUUCUCAACUAACAGCCAUAUGUGAACCGAUCUUCAAAUUACUGAAAAAGGAUCAACCUAAGAGGUGGAAUCCUCAAUGCAAAUUGGCUUUUGAUCGCAUCAAUAGCUACCUGGUAAACCCACCAAUCCUCAUUCCCCCUACUCCCGGAAGGCCAUUGUUGUUGUAUCUCUCUGUAUUAGAAACCUCCAUGGGAUCGAUGGUGGCUCAGCAUGGUCCAGAUGGGCAUAUAGAGCAAGCAAUUUAUUACCUUAGUAAGAAUUUCACAGACUAUGAGACAAGGUACACAACCCUGGAGAAGACUUGUGCAGCUUGGGUUUGGGCAACAAGGAGGUUGAGACAUUACAUGUUGACCUAUUCAGUCUUUUUAGUAGCCAGAAUGGAUCCCAUCAAGUAUCUUUUUGAGAAACCCGUGUUGACGAGCAAAUUAGCACGUUGGUUAUUGCUCUUAGCGGAGUUCGACAUUGUGUAUGUCACCCAGAAGUCCAUCAAGGGUAGUGUCAUCGUUGAACAUCUAUCCGCACAUCCAGUUGUUGAUACGAGGCCUUUGAAUGAUAUAUUUUCAGAUGAAGAUGUAGUUUCUGUUGAGGUUGAAAAUGAGGUUGGCAUUUGGCAAAUGUUCUUUGAUGGAGCUGCCAAUCACAAAGGUUGUGGAGCCGGAGUUCUACUUAUAACUCCUGAAGGGUUGAACAUGCCCAUGGCAUAUAGGUUGGACUUCGAGUGCACCAACAACAAGGCCGAGUAUGAAGCUUGCCUCAUGGGAUUGAAAGUAGCCAUCUCUAUUGGGGUCAAAAGAUUAGAAGUAUAUGGAGAUUCGUCAAUUGUCAUAUGCCAAGUCCAAGGCAAGUGGAAAACAAAGGAGGAAAAGUUUGCCGAUGCUUUGGCUACUCUCGCAUCGAUGGUUGAUUUUGGUCCGGGUGAGCAAAUACAACCAUUCAUUAUAGAUCGGAGAGAUCAUCCUUCACAUCAAGGCUUUGUCAAUGCCCUGACAGUAGAUGGUAGGCCUUGGUUUGCCCAUAUUGUGGAUUUUAUCAGAGAGGGGAAGUACCCUGCAGAUGCUACCCAAGGAGAUAAAAGGUUCCUGAGGCGUUAUGCCACCCAAUUCAUAUUACACGAAGAUAUUUUAUACAAGCGAUCUUUUGAUGGUGUACAACUGGUGUGCGUGGAUGAAGAUCAAGCACAGACAAUCUUGGAGCAAGUACAUCAGGGAAUCUGUGGCCCUCACAUGAAUGCCCAAUUGCACACGCUGAGUUCUCCGUGGCCUUUUUCCACUUGGGGUAUCGAUGUGAUCGGAAAAAUUAACCCCAAAGCUUCGAACGGGCAUGAGUUUGUGUUGGUAGCUAUUGAUUACUUCACCAAAUGGGUAGAGGCUCAGUCAUACGCAAAACUCACAGUGGCAAAGGUAGCCAAAUUUUUACAAGAACAUAUCAUUUGCCGACAUGGGAUGCCCCAUGAGGUGAUUUCUGACCAAGGUCAACAUUUUAGGGGCAAGGCACAGGAGUUGUGUGACCAAUUCAGGAUUGCAAGGCACAGGUCUUCUCCUUAUCGCCCUCAAACCAAUGGAGCGGUUGAAGCGGCAAACAAAAACAUGAAGGUCAUACUCCAGAAGAUGGCUGAUAGGAACAAUGAUUGGGCUGACAAAUUACCUUAUGCCUUAUGGGCUUAUCGGACUUCUAUUAGAACUCCAAUUGGGGCAACUCCGUACUCUUUAGUCUACGGGAUGGAAGCAGUCCUCCCGGUUAAGCUAGAGGUCCCCUCUCUUAGAAUUCUCAUGGAGAGUCAUAUUCCAGAAGCGGAUUGGCUCAAGUCAAGGGAGUGGAUUGGUGAUACCAUUGGGAGGACAUUUGGCAUUGACUUUAAUGGUCCCAUUGUCUAUCAAAUCUUGAACGGCAUGCUGUAA